AUGACAGCAGUUUAUAGAAUUUUACACAUUCACACGCAAAUGUUGAUGCGCAUUGUGGUGCUGAUUGUAUGUCAAGGUAUGCGGUCGGACUUAACCACUGAGUUCGUGGCGGGGGAAGAGGUUGUUCAACAACGGAUCAAUCCGUACGGAAAGGAUUUACAAUURCUGCUGCGAGAGCCGCCUUUAAAGCAAGCAGCGAGUGUGUUGCACAAAGAUUUGGUGCAAGAGCUGUGGAUGGAGCAAAAGUUGGAUCAAUUCGAUGUGACGAACAACAAAACUUGGUUAAUGCGUUACUUGCGCAACGAUCGUUACUUCCAGCCACAUGGCCCAAUAUUCAUAUUCGUUGGCGCAAAUAUUAUCGGUAGUGAUGCCAGUGUGAAAAACUUGAAAUACUUAAGUGCUCGUCAGGCUCUAGCAGACUUAGCUCGUUUCAUACGCCACCUAAAGAGCAAUGAAGACGAAUUGUUGAACUCAAAAGUCAUAUUAACUGGCGCUUCUUACUCCGGCAGUCUCGUUGCUUGGUUCGCUAAGCUAUAUCCAGAGUUGAUGGAUGCUGGUUGGGCUUCGAGUGCACCGUUAGUGGCCAAAUUGGAUUUCUUUGAAUACAUGCACCAAGUAGGCAAGGUUAUCCAGCAACGUGGAGGUACUGAGUGUUCCGAACUGCUCGAAAGGGGACUUAACGGUGUUGCAACAGUACUGGAGUCCUCAAAAGCCUCUCAACUGCUUAGUGCUCUGCGCAUAUGCAACAAUUUCGAGCCAAAAAGUCAACUGGACCGUGCUGCGUUCUUCAAUGGCCUGGGCAAUUAUUUUGCUACAUUCGCACAACUGUAUGACGACCAAAUCGCCGCCAAAAUUUGUGCAACACUCAUAACUACCACAAAUACAGACGACUUGGUGGRUUUCAUGGAAUUUUUGCGACACAUAUUUUGGUCCGAGUUCGCGAAGCAAGCGCACACCGACGACUGGUGCAUCGAUUUGUCAUAUGAAGGGAUGAAGUCUAUAUUUACAGAUCUAACGGACCAGCUAAGCGGCACACGCCCUUGGUUUUAUCAGUGUUGCCAUGAAUACGGUUGGUUCACCACUACGGCCAACAAUAGCAGACACAACAAAUACCCAGCGGUCAUCCGGCAGGUGACAKUUGCGCGWCRCCAUGAAGCGACAACCCCGCAACCACACUCAUUUGGCCGUCAAGUGCCACUAAAUUAUUUUCAACAACUUUGUGACGAUGCCUUUGAACCAAGCGCCGAUGCCGCAACGUACAAUGGCAUUGACAUCUCAACCAGCGUUGAGCAAACAAAUAGUCAUUUCGGUGGUCUCACCGCUGCCGCCGCACUACAGCGUGUCAUCUUCACUCACGGCMRGCUCGAUCCCUGGCGUGCUGUUAGCCUGCAACGGGGCAAAAAUGUCAUUAACAUAGCAGGCUAUUCCCACACCGCUGAUUUGGAUUCCAUAGACUUCGGCGAUUCGGUGGAAAUGAAUGUGGCUAAAUUGAAAGUAGCUGCUUUUUUGCGUAGUGUUUUGUG